AUGGGUACUUGCAUUAGCAAAUCUAGAUCAAAGAAAAAAAUUAAGGAAGAUCAUAGCCAUGUUCAUGAUAAACUUGUUAUUUCGCAAGAUUCAGUUUCUGUUAUUAAUCCCCAAAUAACUGAUAGACCUGUUUCUCCAGCCCCUUCUUCUGUUUCCUCGGCUUCUUUUUCGUCAUUUUCUUGCUCGAAUGGUGGGCCGAGCAAGGUAUUUUCUGUGGCAUUGUCGUCGUCUUCUUCAUCAUUGUGUUCUUCUGCGGCCUUGUGUACGAAGGACGGGUCAUUUUCGAAUGAGUUCUUGUGGUCUUGUGUGAAGGAGAAUCCACAUGUAAUUGGCCUAAAUCAAACCAAGAAAUGUCUUGAAAAAUCAGCAGUGUAUUCAAGAAUCCAGCAUCAGAACAGUCUCGAGCACUUGGUAAAACCGGUUGCGGAACCAGUACUGAAAAACUCCACCCCUGAAGAAUUUUUUGUAGAUGAGAUGGUUCAACAAGCAACACCCAAGAAAAGAUCCCGGGCUGCUUCCCCGACCCUCGUUCGACAAAAAAGCUUCCGAAGAGAGCAUAAUUCUGCAAGUUCAAACCCUAAUAGAGGACUAAUGAGUUCACCCUCUCCAAGCAGAAGAUUUACUGGGGAUAACAUUUCCAGGACUGUACCAACAACUGUAUCAAGAAACAAUUCUUGCAGGAAUUCAUCUGUAAUUUUGAGGGCAAAUACAAAUAUUUCUGCAUCAUCUGGUAGGAAAAAAGAAUAUUCCAGGCCUCAAACUGCAUGUCCAAGUCAUGAUUUAACCAGGAGAAAUGCUGCAAUAACGAGCAAAAGGGAUGUUAUUAACCAACGGAUUAAUGCAAAAAUUGAUGAUGUUUCCAUUGGAGAAGUUCAGCGCAAUCAAGGAAUGGACAUGGAUCUUGUCUUGGAGGACAUUAACAAUCCUCUUAUUUCUUUGGAUUGUUUCAUUUUUCUGUGA